GGUGGCGAGCUACGGACAGCAUAAAGUAGCAGGCUACAAAAGGAUUCUGAAGUUGGGAGUAUACGCUCAGCUGCACGUUGCGUCGGCUCUGGUCGCUUCUUCUGACACUGAGUAUGAGUCAAUCAUCAGCACGAGAUUUCAUCUACGUAGUCAUUGGAAGAGAUGGCUGCCGAACAAGACUCUGAGAGUCAGCUACCUGACGUCGAGCGAUCACAGGCGGAGGCAGAUGAGAGACCUCGGCAGGGCUACAUAGAAAGGGACACGACGGACCGAUGGAAAAAGGCCUCCUUCGUUCUUGCAGCUGCUGCCAUCCUUCUUUUAAUUGGUCUGGCUACUUCUCUUGGAGUCUUUCUCGCCAAAACUGAGUGCGAGCCGCCUUCAACAUUGAAUAAUGCCACAACCACCUUCCUGGGGUCGGCUGUCCCUGGCACUGAGGUGGAUUAUUUCUGUCAUGCGCCUCUCUUCUUCCCCGGCGGCUCCCCGUCCUUCACUGUCACUUGCAACAACGAUCUUCAGUGGAGCCCUGAGGUGCCUCUAUGCGGCAUCUAUAGCAGUCGGCAGUGUACGUUCCCCGAUCAGAACCUCACCCUCGCCAGCAGUCCUGCUAACCCCGCCGGCCUUGAAGUGAAGCUCACCCUAGACGGUUCCUCCCCACCGCAAACAGUGCAGCUUGACAUCCCCAGAUACGAGAACGACCUUUGUGCCUACGGCGGUACACUGCAGAACACGGCUACCUUUCUUUCAGGAAGACAGAGGUCUCCUGCAUUACUAGCGGCUACCACAUUGGAUAACGAGACGGCGGUGGUUGUUGUGGUCGUCUUCGAGAGUGUGGACCCCACGCAGCUUUUCGAGGUGCGUGUGAGAAGCGUUGGAUUCAGUUUGGCCGUCACGGUGCUGCAGGAAGCCAUCAUAGAGACUAUCAUAACCUCUUACCCCGCCAACUCCACGACCACAGCGGCUAUGAGCACAUCUGCCGUCUAGUGCUUCACCCAUCCUGUGGGCAUCACCACCGAUACUACCCUGAUCUUCCUCCUUACCUUCUUUGCAACAGCUACUAUAUAUACAAGAGUUAACCAG